AUUUAUAUAUAUUCGUAUUAUCGAGCCAAUAUUUAACAAUGGCCAAAACAGUACAAUUCACGUAAACUCAAAAGUAUGAUAUUGCCAAAAGUGGAUAGUAAGAGGUGACAAGGACAUUACUAAAUUGAAAUAAACAUUUGAUUAAAUAUGAUUAAUAGUCAUGGUGGAAUCAUUAUUUACAUUGGGAUUAAAUAAUAUUAGAUUGAGGAGAUCCUUAAUGCUGGAAUGGGCCAAACUUGAGUCUAGGAAGGACUCAAUGAAUAAUGACGUUUUAAAAGUACUGAUUGACAAAAAAGGAGAGGGAAUCAAUGCAGUUGAUCAAUAUGGUGAUAACGCGCUAAUGUAUGCCGUACGUAAUAAUGCAACAAAGUGUGCUAAGUUGUUACUUGAUCAUGGUGCUAAUGUAAAUGCUGUUAACAAUCAUGGUAAUACUGCAUUAAUGUAUGCAACAUCAGUUAACAGUACAGUAGACUGCGUCAACUUGCUCAUUGCAUAUGGUGCUGAUAUCAAUGCUAAGAAUAAUGACGGAACGACAGCUUUAAUACACGCGAAACCUGAAUGUAUGUGCACAUUAGUUGAUAAGGGGGCGGAUGUAAACGCCACCAACAGAAUAGGACUCACAGCUCUCAUGCGGGCGUCAAGAUUCAAAAGCACAGCGCCCAUGGAAGCGUUAUUGGACAAAGGUGCUGACGUAAAUGCGAAUAGCAAUGCUGGAAUGGACGCACUUUUCUUCGCUGUGUGUCACGACAAACCUGACUUAGUACGUUUGCUUAUCAAGAAAGGUGCCGAUGUUAAUAGUUCAGGUCCGUAUAAUGAAACGGCAUUGAUGCGUUCUGUAUGUAGUCAAAAUCAAGCCUGUCUUGUACAGCUGCUAGCAAAUGGUGCAGAUAUUAAUAGGCUUGACCAUGGAGGGAAAAAUGCUUUGUCGAUUGCAUUUGAGUAUGCAACAUUUGGAUUAGAAACAUACAAAGACAUCUGCAUACUUGCCUUGUAUGGAGCCCCAUUUGAUUCUGAACAGUUAAUCGCUUUUAAGAAGCUCAUAUGUAAGAGUAGAUAUUCAAAACUUGCAGUGACACUGGAAGAUUUUAAACAAAUGGACCUCCAACAACAAGUGAGACUCCGUAUGUAUCAACACACCACGCGUGUCUGUCGGAACUCACACGCUGAAACAAUCGAUGCUCUCAUUAAAGGAGGUAAACUCCCAGAGAGAUUUAGGGCAUUUAUGUUGUUUGAAGAUGAUAUUAAAGAUAUAUUAAGUGUUGAGAUAGCCGAGGAGAAAAUUCAAGGGUUAGGAACCACGCCCCGCCAUAAAUCAUCAUACCACGAGCAAAGCUCUGAUGAUAACACGUCCCCUUAAAGAAAAGAUGAACAAUUUGUUUUCUGCAAUGACAAUCUUUACUUUGUCUUUUAUGCUUUAUUCAUGGCUAUGUAUUGCCUUGAUAGCUAGGCAAAAUAUAUCGAAUUCCAACCAUUCAUAACGACAGUAUUUCAAAUAAUAGGCAUACUAUAUUCAACAAUAUUGCCACAAGGAGGGUAGGUCCACAGUGGUCAGUGGCGGAUCCAGGGGGGCCAUGGGGCCCACCCCCACCCACCCCCCUAAGUUGGGCCCAGAAAAAAUUGGGCCCAAAGAAAGGCCCACUUGCUUCCCAGAUCCGCCCCUGGUGGUAUGCAAUAAUGUUACAUUACACCACAUGCUUAAUCAGAGCAUGUCAAGUUUCUGGCGUUAACAAUUGUUGGCGAUAUGUAAGCGAUUGUAGCUCGUGGAAUAGUUCCAAAACCAAAGUUAUCUGCUAUCUGUUUCUUUAGAAGCCACGCAAAAUCCAGCAGUGUUAAAUUACUAAGUUCAUCACACAAAUCAAAUUAGUUGAACAACUGCAGGAUAAAUCUGAGUUCAAAUUUAUGGCAUUAUUACUGCCGUGGGCACAUUUUCUCCGAUAUUUACUAUGGCGCUUGGCCAAUUGAGUAUUUUGUUCA